CUUGCAGUACCAUGUUGAGUUGGGUAACAAUAUAAAACUUAUUAAAGCAAAAGCCUACUCAUUUUUUAUAACAACAAAUAUUAAAAAAUGUAUAAAAGUAAAUUUGUUAACAUCUAUUUAAUUUUCUUUCUUACAUUUACUUUAACAGAGAGUUUAAAUAUUUUGGCUGUCAUGCCGCAUGUAGGUAAAAGCCAUCAACUGGUGUUUGAGCCUCUUUUUAGAAAAUUAGCAUUAAACGGACAUAAAGUGACUUUAAUUACGAGGUAUCCUCAAAAAGAUCCUGUGCCAAAUUGGAGAGAUGUUAACGUUGCACCGGUUUCUUUAAAUUCGACUGAGAUAUUUACUUUUAAUGAUUUAACAGGAACAAGAUUAGAUAGAUAUACUUGUGUUGCUUUGCUGACAGUUGCUGCUAGAGAGUCAUGUAAAGACGGAUUAUCACAUCCAAAUUACCAAAACUUUCUCAAAGAAGAUAACCAUUUUGAUUUGAUAUUAAUUGAAAUUUUUAAUACCCCUUGUUUUAUGGGUGUUGUAAAAAGGUUCAAUAAUGCACCUGUGAUAGGACUGGCUUCGAGUAUUUGGAUGCCUUGGAUGUACCAAUGGUUUGGCACAGAUUCAAAUCCAUCUUAUAUAACAAACCAUUUUCUGGGUCAUUCCGAUCAAAUGACUUUUCUAGAUCGAGUCGAAAACACUUUAGUCCACAUUUUUACGAACGUUUGGUACAAUAUUUUAUUGGAUAGACAAGGCAAGCAAUUUUCUGAAGAAAUGACUGGUAUAAAUUUGGAUGAUAAUGGUGAUAUCAUGAGUAAUAUUAGUGUGCUGUUAAUUAAUAGUCAUUUUACUAUCAAUGUGAAACAAGCAAUGAGUCCGAAUAGUAUUGAGAUAGGUGGAAUACAUGUGGAGAAUCAACCUAUUAAACCAUUGCCGCAAGAUUUACAAAAAUUUGUCGAUGAAUCAAAACACGGUGUUAUAUACAUGAGCUUGGGUUCGACUAUAAGGGGAGAUUCUUUUCCCGAAGACAAAAAACAAGCAUUAUUGAAAGCUUUUUCCAGGUUACCUCAGCGCGUUAUAUGGAAAUGGGAAGGGGAGAUGCAGGAUAAACCGGACAAUGUCAUGAUUUACAGAUGGGCUCCUCAAAGGGACCUUUUAUGUCAUCCAAAUGUGAAGGUAUUUAUCACCCACACUGGACUCCUGGGUACUAUAGAAACAGUUGACUGUGGAACACCUGCUCUAAUGUUGCCUCUAUUUGGAGAUCAGUUCACUAAUGCUGCUUCAAUGGAACAAAAUGGCGGAGGAUUGGUGUUAUACAUUAGCGAUAUUACUGACGAAGUUGUUUAUGAAAAAUUGAAGAAACUGUUGAGCCCUCAGUUCAGAGAUAGUGCUAUAGAAUUAUCAAAUAGAUUUAAAGAUCGUCCAUUGUCACCCAUGAACACUGCCCUCUAUUGGAUUGAUUAUGUUUCUAGACAUAAGGGAGCGCAUUUCAUGAAAAUAGCGUCAGUGGAUAUGCCUUUAUAUAAGUUUUAUUUGUUGGAUGUUAUCGCUUUUAUAUUUUUGAUUAUUUUAAUUAAUUUAUAUGUAUUUUAUUUAGUUGUUAAAUUUAUUUUUAGGAAAUUGUUUAAAAGGCAAGAAAAAAUAAAGAAAUCUUAACU